GCGAAGCGUAGUGCUUUCACGGUCAUUUUUUUGUUUAUUUGCGGCUUGUUGUAUUUAUUUUAGCGGUAUAUAACUGUUAAUUCAAUAUUUUUAUAAAUAUAAUCAACGUAUUUAUUACCUAAGUAUCUCUUAAGCAAAUGCUUACAGUUACCUACAUAUUUUUGGAUGAUUUGGAUUUGCAAUUCGUCUGACAACACUAAUUGCAUCUGUCAUCGUCUAAAGCGAAAAUAGCUUCAAAGCGCUUUCCAACAUAAAUUUUUCAUUUGUUUAUCUAUGUUAUUGUUUGGGAAUAACUUGUAAAUAAACCAUCGGUGACUGUGUAUUUAAGUAUAUUGUAUUGAAUAUUUACCAGUGGCCUUAGAAUGGAAGUUAAUAAUCAACAUAACCAAAGUUACUGGUUUGUUGUAAGAGAAGAUCAAAGCAACGUUAUAUUUAGUAGUAAUAAUUUUACUAUUCAAAAUCCCCAGAUUCCAGGACAAGAAGCAAGAUAUAUUGUAGAUACUAUUGAUAAUAGACAAUAUAUCCAUGUCGACAACAUUCAAGCUACAGCCCAAGAAGAAAUUCAGAAAAAUUGUAAUAAAGAAAGUGCUUUGACUAAAGAUGAAGAUAUUUUUUGGGACCGAAACAAAAUAAAACUCUUACUCAGUCUCUGUUUAGAGAAUAGAUUUAAAUGCCCACAUAAUGACAAAAUGCUAUGGAAUGAAGUAGCUAUUCUUGUAGGAACUAGUCCUGAGGAAUGUGACAAGAAAUAUAAUAACCUUCGGAGAACAUAUAUUAGAUUGUUUAAAAAGAAAAGGUUGGGCAAAGAAAUUAAAUGGGUACAUUUUAAUAUUUGCGAAGAUGUAUUUAAAGAUUGUAAAUCAUUAUCCCCAGCUGUUUUAGAACCAUGGGAAGAUUCUAAAGUCAGAAGACUUCUAACUCUCUACAUUGAAAAUAUUAACAGGUUCCGUAGUCCAGAUUAUUUACAAAAAGAUGUUUGGAAGGACAUAGCCUCUCAACUAAAUACAACAGAAUAUAAUUGUUAUCAUAAGUUUAAGAAUUUAAAAAGAACUUAUUUUAAUUGGUUAGAGAGAAGUCGUGAAUCAGGAAAGCUUAUUAAAUGGCCUUAUCACCAUUACUUUGAAAGAAUAUUUUAUAAUUACAGUCCUGAUAUAGGUCCUUGGGAUAGAAAUAAGAUUAGACAACUAAUAAAUGCAUAUUCAGAGAUUGCACAUAAAUUUAAAAGCCCCAAGUAUCAAAAAAAGGAACUGUGGAAGGAAAUUUCAAGAAAAAUUGGAGAAACAUCUAGUAACUGUGAUAGGAAGUUUCGAAAUUUAAAACAAACAUAUAUUAGAUUAAAGAUGAGAGCAGACUCGGGCAGGUCUAUGACAAAAUGGCGGUAUUAUAAAGAUUUUGUUUCAAUUUUUGAAACCGAAACUUACACAAUCAAUGAAGACAGACCAGAUGUAAUAUAUAAACCUCUUGAACAGGAUUAUGUUAAACAAUUACUUGCAUUUUACAUUGACAAUAAACAUAAAUUUAAAGAUCCAUUAAUAAAAAAGAGAUCAUUGUGGAAGCAAAUAGGGCCAAAAUUAGGUUUAUCUCCUGAGGAAUGUGACAAAAAAUUUAGAAAUUUAAAACAGACAUUUAUCAGGCUAGCUGAAAAGAAAAAAGAGACAGGUAAAGAUAAUGGCUGGCCGUAUUACUCAUAUUUUGAACAAAUUUAUGAUGAACCAAAGCCUUUGAAGAAGGAAUGUAGCCAUAAAUGUAACGUAGACAACAUGACUGUAUCAGAAAUAAGAAAUCUUGUUCGCAACCAGGAUACAAAGGACAAAGAUAAGUUUGAGAAACUUGUAAAAGUAAUAGAAGAUUCAAAUAGCAUACAAAGAGAAAGAAAUAAAAUAUUACAAGCUUUACUAGACAGAAAAUGACAGCCACUCAUACCCACCUGUGUAGCCAAAUGGAGGGUAAUAAUUCAGUAUGAUCUUGUCACACUGCUUUUAAACUAUUGUUAAUGUAUAUUAUAUUUUGUUAAAAAUGUGUUGACUCGAGUUAAAGAAAAAUUACAACUCAUAGAUAUAUAUAUUUACAAAUAACUAAACACUUGCCAAAGAGAUGGUAUGUUAGUUUUUUGAAACCUAAAGUAAAAUUUAUCAAUGUUUUCAUACUUUUGCUGACUUCAUCUUCAAAAUAAAAUAAAUGUAUUAUUGUAAGGAUUAUGGAUGGAAUGAAAAUCAGAAAGAGAAUGUUUAGAAAUGGUUUUAUUUUAUUGUUACCGUUCUUAUGCUUUUAUAUGUAUAUGUACAAACAAACUAUAAUAGAUUAUUCAGUUUUCAUUCUGAAAUGAGAAAUCGUUAGCAAUUCAAUUACAUGUUGACCGGCACUACUCAAUACAAAAUGAUCAAUGUCUAAACAUACACUGAUUAUACUUACGUCUUAACUUAAAAAUACAUCUGUGAAUUUACUUAUCAAUAAAUUUGACAUCAAUAACACUAUACCACAGUAAGGAAUGAAAAAAAAUUAAGUUCAGAAAAAAAUAUAUAGAAAUCACACUCGAUCGUAAGUAACCACAGGUCGGUUCAAUAGAUGCAGAUACCUCGACCGGUAAAACAUUCACGAACAUGUACACACGUCCACUCUCUCAAUCACGCGAGUCGAUACAACGCUAACCUAGACAGAAUUACCACACUAUGUAGUUACAACUAACGGAGGCGC